AUCAACAAACAAAUUUCGUAACGCCCAGAAAGAGGCGCCCGCCGUUUGAUUUGAAACGAUUUUCCUGUUCAAUCAGGAAACUUCCGAUAUUCUUGGAUUGAGUGAGAAAGGUCCUUUUUUUAAAUUCCGGCUGCCAAGAUGAGUCGCCGACGGCGUGAAAGCUCCCCGGAAGGUUCCGCUAAAAAGCGGACUCGUACCAGAUCACCGGAUGAGACCAAUGACAGUGGCGAUGAAGAGGAGGAAAAGUUCAGCCAGCAACUGUCGAGUACUGCCGUGUCGAGAACCGAUUCGACCGGCUCGAUCGAACGGGCUAUCAUAAACGAUAUUCGGAUGAAUGUCCGGAGCGGGAAAAUUUUGUAUAUUCAGCUAAAGAAUUUUAUGUGCCACCGGAACAUGGUGGUGGAAUUCAAUAAGCGUGCUAACCUGCUGGUGGGUAAUAAUGGGAGCGGCAAAAGUGCGGUGCUGGCCGCGCUCACUAUUGGCCUGGGUUGUUCGGCCAAUAGCACCAAUCGGAGCAGCAGCGUAAAGCAGUUGAUAAAACAUGGCGAAAGCCAAGCCAUCGUCGAAAUACACCUGGAGAACGACAGCUUCGAUGCGUACGAGCGGGAGGUGUACGGCAACAAGAUCAUCGUGAUACGGACGAUAAGUGCAUCUGGGGCCACCAGCUACAAGCUGAAGUCCGAAAGUGGCACCGUCGUUUCGACAAGUCGCAGCGAACUGCUCAAGCUGAUCAUGUACCUGAACAUCCAGGUGGACAAUCCGGUGUGUGUUUUAAAUCAGGAUUUGGCACGAUCUUUCCUCAAAGAUUCAGACGAAAAGAAACAGUACAGCCUGUUCCUGAAGGCAACGCAAAUCGAUGCUAUUACAGCCAAGUUGAAUGGUUGCACUCCACAGUUGGAGAAUGCCAAGCACAAUUUGGAGUGCAACGAAAAAAGUCUCCGUUACAUGGACAAGGAAAUCGAACAACUUCGCGAGAAGUAUCAGAACCUUCAGUCAGUGGAAAAGCUAAAAGAAGUGAUCACGACUUCCAAACUCAAGCUGGGCUGGCGGAUUGUCUCGGACAAGGAUGGAGAGUGUUCCAAGGUGGAAGAUCGAUUGCGCGACCGAUUGAACACCAUGAAGGAGUACAUGAACGCGAUUCAAAACAAGGAAGCGAUCGAGGCGGAUAUUGAGCGUACUAUUCAGGGCUUUCGGAGCGAUAUCGACGCGAAGAAGGUUAACUUCGACGAGCUGAAGCAGAAAUACAUCCAGGCUCGACAGAUAGGCGCACAGCUGCAGGAACAGUUGGCCGACAAGGAACGCCAAAUUAAAAAGACAAAGGACCGAAUGGCCCGCCAAGCGGAAGACAUCAAAAGUUUGGAGAGCGACCUAAAGCAACGGAGCGAAUCUGGUUCCAACAAAGUUGCCCAGGAAAAGCGACGCAACGAGCAGCUGAUUGCGGAGUAUACGGAUCAAAUGAGCGAAUUGAAGGCAAUGAUUUCGAAUGCUCUGCGCGAUGUCGAAACACUGCGCAACACUAUGUCGCAGAUUACGGACGCUAAAGAGGAGGCCGGCCACAAACGGGUGGCAAAACAGCGGGAAAAAUCUCGAAUGGAGGACCAGCUGCGGCAGUUCGAAAACUCCUCCCGCGAUAGUCUGUCGGUGUAUGGGCACAACAUGUCGGCCUUUGUUGCCAAAAUCAAACAGCUGCACGAGAGGGGGCGCUUUUCGGAAAUGCCCCGGGGCCCUCUAGGCCAGUACAUCAAGGUUAAAGAUAAACGACUAACGGCGGUAGUCGAGACCGUCAUUUCCCAGGGUAUGUUGACGGCAUUCUACGUCAAUUCGGAUGCCGAUCGGAACACGAUGAACCAGUUGAUCCAAAAAGAGUUCCCGGAGAUGCGAGGCAAGACGAUCAUAACCAGCCGAUUCCACAAGCAGGUGUAUGACGUACGGGAGGGUUGUGUGAGGAGUGUACCGGAAGCCCACUCGCUGAUGAAGCUGAUCAGCGUGAGCGAUCCGGUGGUGAUGAAUUGUCUGAUCGAUCAGAUAAAAAUUGAAACGAUUCUGGUGGUGGAGAAACAGGACUUGGCCAUCCAUCUGACCAGUCAGAGUGAGAAUGUGCCGCAAAAUUUGCAGAAAGUGGUUGUUAUGGAACCGUUUUCGGAGUUUUUCCCGAUGCCCAAUUAUAGAAGUUAUGGGUUGCCGAAACGACCGGCGAGAUACCUCCAGGUUAACAUGACUGAGCUCAAGAAACAAACCGAGCAAAGAAUGGAGGUUCUGAACGAAGAACUUUUGGAUAUACAGCGAGAGGUUGAUGAAGAAAAUAAGAAACUGGCGGAGAAACAGAGGUCUCUGAACGAAAAGCAAAAGCAAAUGGACCGCCAGCUGAGAGAAGCCAACUCGCUGGAACUGAAAAUUAACGAACUAAAGUCAAUCGACUAUCCGGCGGAAACCGAAGAAGCGACUUUGCAAACUGAGCUGGAAGAGUUGAGAGUACUGCAAGUCGAGAUGACCGAGUCCAUUCAGAAGGAAACCGCGUCGCUUGAAGAGUUCAAGCGCGACAUAGCGGCUCAAAGUAAGAACAUUCAGGAGAAGCGAACCAACAUGACGGAUAUCGAGAAACAGAUUCAAGAAAUUCAGGACAAAAUUGACGCCGAGCAGUCGAAGCGACACGACAUGCAAGCCAAUUCUAAAACCAAACAGCAACAGUUGGAACGGCUGCGGACGGAGGUACAAUCGCUACAAACGGAACGCAACGCAUUGAAACAAUCGCUGGAGGCGGCCACCCAGGAGGCACAGGAGCUUGGAGAUCGUGUUGAAGUGACCGAAAAUCAGGAAAAACUGAGGCACAAAAUAUCCUCCACCGAGAAGCGAAUAAAGCAUAUCAAUUCGGCGAACGACAAAAUCGAAGACAUCGAAGCCAUUUUGAACAAUACGGAAAUGAAACGCGAAACCUCGCUGCGGUACACGGACUCGCUAAAAAAGGUCAUUAAAAUCUUGCAGAACUCCCGCUCGGCGCGAUACGCUUACCUCACCAAGCUCAAGUCGCACAUGUCCCUUCGGGUGAAGCACAAGUUUAAUACCGUUAUGCAGUUGCGUGGCUUCGUGGGAGAAAUUGUGAUGGACACCAAAAACUGUACCCUAGCUCUUUCGGUCGUUCCGCGGGAUAAAAACAUCUCGAAUGCCGUUUCCAACACCAAAUCCCUCUCCGGAGGGGAACGAUCCUACUCGACGGUGGCGUUCCUCAUUGCGCUGUGGUCCUGUGUCGAUACGCCCUUCUAUUUUCUGGACGAGUACGACGUGUUCACCGAUCAGGUGAACCGGCACAUGAUGACCAUGCUGUUGCUGAACGAAACCAAGAAGAAACCGGACCGGCAGUUCUGCUUCCUCACCCCGCAGGACAUGAGCAACAUCCAGGCGAACGAUAAUUUGAAGAUUCAUCGAAUGCCAGACCCUGAACGAUGCUGAUUUACCAGAUUCCAACUUCUAGACUGAACGGUGAUGUCCACCUUACUCUUAGAUAUUGACUCUGUUAUUUUCCUUCUGUUAACUUUUUAUGUUCUCCAAUUAUUUGAUUUACAUGAAUGAUUUUUAUAAAGAAAACAGACCAUAGUGGAAAUUGA